UGAAGUUGUUUUGAGAUUGCGAAUGUAACUAAUUGCUUUUUGGGUUAUCUAUUCCUGGGUGAACUCGAUGUUUUCUCAGGCGGACUAAGUACACACGGAGACAGGGUAGAUGUAUUGACUUAAAUUAAGUCAAGCACAAGCAAGUCAAAUUACAGUAAGCACUGUAGCAGGGAGGUCAGGAGAAGGAAUUGUGUUUUCACGUCAAUACAGAGCUAAAAGGAUUGGCAGGAGAAAAGUUUUAUUCGGUGUAUACUGUAUGUGACAUGCCGUUAUCUGCUGCGCAUGCGAGUAACAAGCUCACACAAGCUGGAAAGUUGUAUCCUGUACGGGCUCAGAGUGCAUGUGUGCUGGAGGGAAACCGACUCUGUGGGACAGCACCAGUGAGCGUCGUUUCAUUACCCUGAGAAGCCUGCGACUGCGGGCAGUAUCAAAUACAUUAAAGCCACUGGCUGACGGGCAACACGGGGUUAUAAAGCAAGCUCUCCAACCAACAGUUUCAAGGCUAGCGAAAUAACGCAGAAGCUACACAGCUAACCUGAAAUGGCGACGGCUAUAUAUUUGGAACAUUACCUUGACAGUAUUGAAAACCUACCAUGUGAGCUACAGAGAAACUUUACUCUGAUGCGGGACCUGGACAAUAGGACUGAAGAAAAGAAAGGAGAGAUUGACAAACUGGCUGAAGAGUAUAUUGCAACUGUGAAGAACAUGGCUUCAGAACAGAGAGUGGAACACCUGCAGAAGAUCCAAAAUGCCUACAGCAAGUGUAAAGAGUUCAGUGAUGACAAAGUCCAGCUUGCAAUGCAGACGUAUGAAAUGGUGGACAAACAUAUCCGUAGACUGGACGCAGACCUUGCACGGUUUGAGAAUGAGCUAAAGGAAAAACUGGAAGUGAGCGGCUACGAAAGUACAGAGGGAAGAGCAGUAAAAAAGGGUGAGUCCCGAGGGCUGAGGGAGAAGCGUGGAUCCAGGGGAAGAGGAAGGAAAGGCUCUGAUGAAGACUCUCCCAGAAAGAAAAAGAUGAAAAACAGCCCAGACUUGAGUGACGCUCUGCUGCCUAUGCAGCCGUCAGACGUUUUGGAUAUGCCGGUCGAUCCAAAUGAGCCGACGUACUGCCUCUGCCAUCAGGUGUCAUAUGGAGAGAUGAUUGGAUGCGAUAACCCAGAUUGUCCGAUUGAGUGGUUUCACUUUGCUUGUGUUGAUCUCGCCACAAAACCCAAAGGAAAAUGGUUUUGUCCGAGGUGCACCCAUGACAAGAAGAAGAAAUGAGUUUCACUUUCACAAGUACUUAACUAAUCAUGUACGUAUUUUUGGUGUAGUUCAAUAGUGUUAUAUACAGUAUAUACAUAUUUCAGUUACUAUAACUCUCCAUAGAAAUGGUGGGUCAUACAGCUAUUUUAAAGGUCUAAUCUGGAUUCAGACUAUAGCUACACUUGUGGCACCAUUAGACCAUUUCCAUCUAUGUUACCGUGCCUGUGUUAUUGGAUUUCAGACAGCUGUCUUUGUCUAAUAGCUUUAACAUAAUUAAUUCACCUGUAUUUUAUUUGUGCACGCUGGGUAAAGUAGUCUUGGCAGUGGAUUUAAAAACUGCACAAAUUAUUACCAGUCAGAAAGUCCUUCCUCUGAAGUCAUGGUGUACAUAUUGUUAUUACUAACAUACUCAGAAAUCCUGGAUUGUGGCUUUAGCUUACUUGAAAUGUCAAUUUUAUAAAGAUCUAUUUUUUUAAACAAAUUAAUAGCCUGCUGAGAAUUUACAAUUUUAAACACAUAAAUCCUUACCAAAUUUUGGUGGUAAGAGGAAUUAUGUGUCAGAUUUUCAGUUACCUACCUCCUUCGGGACUACAUCAGCACUGCAAAAAUGACUGCAAUUGAUACCAGUGUAAAAAAAAAAAAAAAGUGUUUUGAUUAGCUCAAACCAAACAAGCAAAGCAAUGUCAGUUAAUUCUUUAAUUUUCCAAAAAAAAAAAAGCAUGCGACAUUUUUGAAUGUAUUGUGGUACUAAUGGUCAGUCAGUGUCUCUUGUCAACUGAAUUAGGCAUUUAAGCACUUUGAAUGAAAUUUUCCCCUGAAGAGGUUUGAUACUGCAGGCUUGGUUUUAUGAUAUAGUUAUAUCUCAUUUAAAACUCUACCAUAGUGCAUCACUUCAAACCAUAUUGAAAUAUAUAUAUAUAUAUAUAUGUUUUGUAUGAUAUGAAACCAUAUUUUGUGGACACGUUUUUCCAAAGAUAUAUUUGUUGUAUUGCUUACUUAUUGGUGUGCACUCAAAUUUUAUUUAAUAGGAUUUUAGCCUUUUUCGUAUUCAACUGUGAAUAUCAUCAUCUAGGUGUAAGCCACAAAUAAAAAGAGCCAAAGUCUUUGUAUUUUGUAAAUUUCAAUAUUUUAUAACCAAUAAAUAUUCACUAUUAUUCAUG